AUGGCUUCCUCCUCCUCCUCCUCCCCUAUCUCCCCUCUCCUUGUCUCCUCAAGAAUUGGCCGCCUCCACCUUCCCCCCCGACUGGCCCACGCCACCUUCCCCUCCAGACCCAUCACGAGAUCCCCCGGCAAAACCAAGGUUUCUGUCUCAUCAUCGACCAACAACCCCACCGCCGCCGCUGCCGCCGCCGCCCCCGCCGCGAGGGCCGCCGUUGCCGGGGAAGAAGCCGUCUUCUUCGAUGGGGGCGCGCACUACGGGGACCUACUAGCGAACCUUCUCCUGGGUUUCACCCUCCUCUGGCUUCCCCUUACCAUUGCGGCGGUCUCCAGGGCCUUCUUCCUCCGGUACCGCUUCACCAACCUUCGCGUCACCGUCGUCUCCGGGUUCACCGGCCAGGAUCGGAGCGACUUCUCCUACAAGGUCAUCAAGGACGUGCAGGUGGUGCCCAGAUUCAUCGGCGAGUGGGGGGACAUCGUCAUCACGCUCAAGGACGGCACCAAGGUGGAUCUCAGAAGCGUUCCCAAGUUCCGGGAGAUCGCCGAAUACUGCCUCUACAUGGCCGGCGAGGGAGCCAAGCCCUCCGGCGAGGGUUCCAGGGCCAAGGGCUUCUGA